GCCUUCACUCAUUUGCAGGAGGAGUUGAAACCUUCCCGCUGGCUCUCGCUCUGGGCACGAGACGCCCACAUGGAAUGUGCCUACUUACUUUCUCCGACCCCUUAUUUAUGGGCGUCCCAGCCUCGCUGCUGAAUCUCAGAGGCUGUGCAGACGCAGCUGUCAGGCUUAGACCCGCUGGCCAGCGCGUACAGUAGUCAACUGCCGAGCUUGGGUGCUCGCCUUUUGGGCACCAUCAGAGGGUCUCAGCAGCAAAGACAAAGUAGUGGAUGAUCCUUUUUAACCUUCUAGAAACUCAGCUAACUCGUGUACAUAGUUUUCAAGAAAUGAUCAAGAAAGCAUCACUAUAUCGCCAUCCAUUAGCUAAUCACUUAAUGGAUCCAGAAGUUCAAAAAGAGAGCGGGGAAGACGACGAUGACAGGACAGUGGUUGCAGAGAUCAUGCAGAGAUGUUUUGUUCCAGCGUUUGUAACAACCAUCCCCUGGGAAGGGUUUCAUUUCGCUGGUCAUGAGAUCCGGAUCAAUGAAGCCACGGAUUGUUACGGCGCUGUUGUUUGGCCAUCGGCCCUUGUUCUGUGCUAUUUUCUGGAAACUAACGUAAAGCAGUAUAACCUGGCUGACAAAAAUGUGAUUGAAAUUGGAGCUGGAACAGGGCUCGUCUCCAUUGUGGCGAGUUUACUUGGCGCACACGUGACUGCCACAGAUUUACCCGAGUUACUUGGAAACCUGCAGUAUAAUAUUUCCCGAAACACCAGAAUGAAAGCUAAGUAUCUGCCUCAGGUCAAAGAGCUCUCCUGGGGUGUAGCUCUAGACGAGAACUUCCCCAGGGCUUCCACCAACUUUGACUACAUCCUGGCGGCCGACGUCGUCUAUGCUCAUCCAUUUCUCGAAGAACUCCUCGUUACCUUCGACCAUCUGUGCAAAGAAACCACCAUCAUCCUCUGGGUCAUGAAAUUCAGGCUGGAGAAGGAAAAUAAAUUUGUGGAUAGAUUUGAGCAGUUGUUUGACCUGGAGGAGAUUUCUAGUUUCCCUAGCCUGAAUAUUAAGUUGUAUAAAGCGAUGAAGAAAAAUCAGAAGAAUGCAUGUUAUCCUCAAAGGAGGAUGUGGAAAGCGAAGGCAAUUUCUGGUAGAUUAUUGCUCUAACAAAGACCCUAGAUAAUCUGAUGUAGCACUGACUUUUCCAAGGGGAAACACACACACACACACACACACACACACACGCACAUACACACACACACACACAACACACGCGCGCGCGCGCGUGCCUCACCCCAGACAGGGAUAUUCCCAGAUGUAGCAUGUGGAUCUAGAGAACGGCACAGCCAUUGUGUGCUAAUUGAUUAGGACAAGGCCUGCUUUCCUUAUCUUUCUAUAACACCAUCUUUAAUUAUUAUCAUCUUAAUACAUGGUACAGUCAUUGAAAAAAACCCAAUGAACAAUGGUUUUUAAUAAUGGUGUCACUAACAUAAGCUUACGUGACUCUCUUUAGAAAUAAAGAAAUGUUCUCUAGUGAGCUCACAAAUAAAUCGUAAAAGGUGAACGAAUAUAGGAUAUGAUGGUCGGUGUGAAAUUACUGUGGCUUCGUUAGUGCCAGCUUACAGGUGGUCUGUCUCCUCUGCUCGGCAGGGUGAGUCUCCAACACACCCCCUGAAAUCGAUCAAGCUGGUGGAUUUGAGGUUAUGGGCAAGGACAUUUCACUCCAGUAAAUGAAAAAUGAAUGGAAGAACACAUAAAAACAACUGAGAUUUUGGGGGAGUUAUUGUUUUAUUUUUAAGCCAAGUACAGAUACUCUGUAUCACAAGGACAGAAAUAAAUAUAAAAGUUUGAGCUGAAGAUACACAUGAAAAGAUUUCAGUCUCUAAUCUCCAAUAACCAGACAUAUGGCUGUUUUCAACAUUUAAAGCUUUUCUGAUGAACAUACAGAGGCCUAGAUAUUUGAAAUCCUAUGUGCUUUUCUCCCACCCUCCACCCCCUGCCAGGUCCUUAGAGAUUAGAAUAAAGUCUGAAGUAAUUAAAGUCAGUGCAAGAAGAGGACAAUAUUAGGAUUUUGUACCACGUAACAAGACUAGCAGUCGUAACCCUUCUGGGUUCUCGGUCAUGUUUGCUGGGCUAGCUUUAUGCCCUGGGAAUGCUAUCGUCCAGCCCUUUCUACUUCACUGGAAGUUCUCAGUCUAUUCAUGGUUGAGUAGAGCCAAAAAGCCGACUUCCUAGGACUCUGACCUUAAGCCAAGAUGCAAGUAUACUCCCAGUGGGUUUUUUUGGUAUGCAAGGUUCACAGGGUCAUCUCUUCAGAAUUACCAGGAUUUACAUGCCCUUUGUUGUUUUCGCAACUGAGUCUCAGGGGCCAUUCUAAUAGUCUCCGUGAAAUCAGUCUCCCCACCAUCAGGGGGCCUAGCCUGCCAGGGGUGUGGUCCCUGCCCCAAAGCCACACAGCUGCAGGAGGGUGGUGCUGUGCACUGGGGCUCAGGGUUGAGUC